AUGGGCGGCCAUUCAUCUAAGCAGAUUCAUUUUAACCCAGUCACUGACUUACCGGACUUGACUGGUAAAGUGAUUCUCAUCACGGGUGGAAACGCCGGAAUAGGAUAUGCUACUGUUAGGCACCUCGCUCGUCAUGGUGCCAAAGUUUAUAUGGCAGCUCGAAACGAGGCAAAGGCGAAAGAAGCCAUCGCUCAGCUCAACGCGGAGGGACUCGGACCAGGUAAUGGGGAAAUUGUGUGGCUAGAGCUGGAUUUGAAAGAUAUUCGCAAUGCAAAGAAGGCUGCUGAAGAAUUCAUGACCAAGGAGGACAAACUCGAUGUGCUCAGUACGCCCUUCUUCUUUAAUCAUAUGAUCAGUCCAUUUAUUCUGACAGAGGCUCUGCUUCCUACCCUAAAACGAACGGCAGCAGAGCCGAACUCAGACGUGCGUGUUGUCGUUGUGGCUUCAGAGGGACAUCGAUACGUGCCAUCUGGAGCUCGAUUCAGAAACAAAGAAGAUUUAAACAAAGACUGUAGUAAAUCUUACGUACCGCCAUUUUCAAGAUAUUGCUUGACCAAACUCGCCAACAUCCUCUAUGCAAAAGAGCUUCAAAGGCAAUUUACAGUUGCAGGGGAGCAUAUCACAGUUGUUUCACUCCAUCCUGGAGCAGUGAACACCUUCGCGCACAAGUUGUAUUUUGAGAGCCUCGUCAGGGUCUUAAUCUAUCCAUUUUUCGUAACCCCAGACAUUGGAGGUUGGACGCCGGCUUUUGCAGCUGCAUCGAACGAUGUCAAAGAACAGGCGGAGAAAUAUCAGGGAGCAUAUCUCAUUCCUGUGGGCAAAGUUACAGAGCCGUCGAAGAAGGCGAACAGCGACGAGCUCGCCAGGGAGUUAUGGGAGACUAUAGAGAGGACGUUGGCUGAUAUUAAAGAUUGGCGCGAUUGUUAG